AAAGAAGACUCACCUCAGUUGGGAAGGUGGAGGAAUGUCUGAGGAAGCUGUGAAGUGAACUGCCGUGGCCCCGGGGUCAGAGCCUGGGGAGUGUGCUGGUCGGGGAGAGAAGGCCUAGCCCUCAGGUGUCAGACUUAGCUGCCUGGGCCCAGGAAGGGCCCACAGGUGGUGGCUGGAGUCAGCAGUGGGGCCGGGUGGAGAGUCAGCCUGAGAUGCUGACCCACAUGGAGGUGUGGACAGACCAGAUGGAGGCAGGCUGGCACGUCAGGCCAGCACAGGGGGCUAGGCUUUCUAGACAUGUUUUCUUUGACUCAAAAGUGGUUCCUGGGUCUGUACACACAGGAAAACAGAGAUGACCAUCGGCGCCCUUCAGGAAGGGCGUCUGAGAGACUGUAACCAGGUCGGCUACUGAGAGCAAGCCUCCUGGGGAGUGUGGGUUUCACACCCAGCCCCCACAGGGCCAAGAAAGUGGCUAUUGAUGGAAAGUGGGGCAGGGCUAGGACUGACGCGGGUGCCCCUCCUGUCCUAGGCCCCUGUUUGAAGGCAGGCUGUAGGAACAGCUCUGGUGUCCCAUAGUGGGUGCCUGCUGCCACUUGUACAUCCUGACUUUUGUUUAUAAAAUCCGACUAGAGGCAGAGGCCAUAGUGGUAAAUUUAAAGGCUGCCCUGACCUUCUGGGUAGAAGUGCCUGGGUGAGUGGCACCCCUCUGUACCCCACUCUCUAUGCCCCUACCCCAGGCUACAGCAUCCGGGGUAUCACUAGGAGCUGGUCAUGGGGCUGCAGGAUAAGAUGAGCUCCCACACCAGAUGAGGGGCUUUUGUGUGCACUGCCCCCACGCCAGCCACACACCCAGGCUUGCCUCGUGGGUGAUGCCCCCAGCCUUUGUUCUCUUUGCACCAACAUCCGCGCCCUGGCAAUUUUCAGAAUGAGACGGCAUAACUGAGUCCCAGAGAAGCCCCCAGCCUGGCUAAUGGCAGGUGGAGAGGCUGGUAUUGCCUUACUGCAGCUGCUUAGUCCUCUCCUAACCCCACCUGAGACCUCAUCCCAGGUGUCCUGCAAUCCCGUCCUCCUAUACACGCCCUACUGUCCCCCGCAUACAGGGGCCCAAAUGUAGAUUUGGCAGCAGGUUCCUUUGGUCAUUGGGAGGAGCUGCAAGGAAGGUGUCUCCGAUGUGGCUGUGCUGAAGUCUUUGAUGUUCUUGUACUUUCUAUCCCUGUUGGGACAUGAGGGGGGUCAGCCACCAGCUUAUGACUGUGCAGGAAGGGUGGGGUGGAGGUCUGGGAGCACAGUUUAUGCACUGCCUGCUCGGAAACCUAGCUACCUAGCAGUCUCUCAUCUUGGGGUGCCCUUUCCUAAGAGACAGGAGUGGUCCCCACAGUAAGCCCCUGCAGACCCUCCGGGCAGGUAAAAGGAUCCUGAUGUCCAGGCCUACCCACCCUGCCAAUGACUGCCCCGCAACUCUGUGCCUUCAGUCAUCUUUGGGGGUGUUACAUUUGAGUGAAAAUGUGAGCACUGAUGGGCAGCCUUUGUCAGGCCAGCCUCAGCCCAGUCCCUCCGGCCUGCCAGGCCCUGGAUGGGGUGCCCCUGCUGUUUCCUUGCCUUAUUCAUCAGCUGGUCUUGUUUAGCUCAGCACGGUCCUUGAAAUGAGAAGACAUUACCUUGGCUUUGACAUUUAGCCUGUUACCUGCCCCCUGGCGGAUGAAGCAUGCCAUUUCCAGCUGGUUCGUGUUUCAGAACCAAGCGGCCAGGUGUCUUUCCGGUGUCCCUGAGACUGCCCCACCCGCCCUGCACAGGGUGGGCACAGAUGGGCCUGUGGAUGCCCAGCUUCAGUCCUCUCAUCUUCAGCGCGUGUGAGGCCUGGAGAGUUGCAGGGAGGGGGCCAUAUGCUGAGGCCAGGUCACUGGCCUGUGCACUAGGUGCCAGGAGGAACAUGCCUAGUCAUGGAAUGUGCAGGCAUUGUGAGAGACAAGGGUGUAGAUUUUAAAAUUCACCCUCCUUUCAAUGAAGUUUUACCUAAAGUCCUUCACUGAAGAGUGAAGCCCUAAAAUAUUUCUCCAGACAUGAACAUUUUUUGUUAAAAUGCAAAUAACAACACACUGAUUCAUAGUUCAGCAAAAUGGUAAUUAAGUGCUUUAUACUAGUAUUGUGUCACCAAUCCACUAACGUACAUCUGCAGAAAAUCACAUCCUAAGCCACGGGUGGGUUUAGGAUCAAGCACACAGGCAAAGGUCCUAGUUUUGAAGUUAGCCUUCGGUUGAAACGGGAAUCCUGAGCUACAUAAGGAGAAGAAAUCAACCAUCGACAAAGUGAUGACAUCUGCCUUUGUCUGCUUUCUUCCCUCCUAUUUCUGCACAUCCUGAUGGCGUGCCGGAAUGGGUGAAUGGGAUCUGGAAUCCCUUGACACCUAUAUCCAGAACACACUGUCUUCCCUCUACCCACCUUUUGAGGCCACGGCAGCCACGGUGCUCUGGCAGCUGUUCAGUGUGGCUGAGAGGCUCCACGGUGGGGAUGGGCUGCGCUGCCUCACUGACUUCCUCAUUCCAGCCAAGAAGGUCCUACAAUACCUGCAGCAGGAAGCCUGUGCCAGGUACACAGGCCUCAUCUUCUUCCAUGAAGGCUGGCCACUGUGCAUCCAUGAGAAGGUCGUGGUGCAGCUGGCAUCCCUCCGCGGAGUUAGGCUCAGGCCUGGGGACUUCUAUCUACAGGUCACAUCAGUGGGGAAGCAGUCAGCCAGACUGGUUUUAAAAUGCCUCUCUCAGCUUGGACGGGGCUCAGAAGAAGUUACUGUCCCUGAGGCCAUGUACAGCUGCGUCUUCACAGGAGAGUUCCUGGAACAGCUGAACGGGGAGCGGAAUGGUGUCCCCUUGCAAAACUGCUUGCUGACCUCAGGCUCCGCCGUCUUCCGCACCCCGUGGAGCAGUGUCACAGACCCCAUCUUUGUCCCAACAUUCAGGACCGCCCUGCCCCACCGCAGCUGCCCCAGGCCUGAGCAGCCACCACCUAGAAGUGCCUCCAAAGCUCUGGCCCCAGCACCAGUCAUGGCCAGCACUCGUCCCCAUGAGAGUACCCCUCCCAGUGACACCCCCACCCUGCCCCACUGUGGUGGGCAACCCGGCAGUGACCAGCCCAUCCACCAGCCUUCCGCAGGAAGGGCUGGGUGGGAAAACCCUAGAAGCACAUUCUGGAGCUCUGACGGAGGCCUUGUAGGGGUUGGGCCCUCAGAGCCAGGCUUGUGGGAAGGACCAGGAGAGAGCCUGGACCCCACAGACAAAAGAGACGGUCCCCAGGAGGCCCUCACUGUCCGUGAGGACAUGGGCAGCCCAAGCUCCAGAAGGCAGUCACCCAGGGACCCAGCCUGCAUGGAGGCCAGACGUUGGUUUAGGAAGUCCUAUAUGGAGGCCCUGCGGAACCCCAUGCCCCUGGGCUCCAGUUCCGAAGAGUCCCUUGGGGAUGAGGCCUGCAGCUCCGAGACCAUAGGGGCUGGGGCAGCAGCCAGCCGAACCCAGAAGGAAACCCCCAGCCUCUGGGGGGACCACGGGGAGAUCUCAAGUCAGGAAAGCCAUCCAGGAGCCACUAGGAGCACCCUUCCCAGGCGGUCUCGGUCCUGUGACAGGUCCUUCAGGAGCUCCCGAGGUGAGGCCCGGCGGGCCUCCCACCACUCACUCAGCACCAGGCCUGGAGGUCUUUUAGGAGGACAAGCCGAGGGGACCAGAAGUGCAGGCUCCAGCGGCCCCUCCUGCACCACAGGGGAGAGUCCAGCCAGUGUUAACACCAACAGCAACGCUUUCCGGGCUCGUGCUCCUGGCUGGAUUUCAGAUGUGCUUGUUGAGCCGUUGUGCCCAGAGGGAGAAGGACAGCCGCCCAGCACAGGAGACCUGCCCAAGCAGGUACCCAGGAAUGUGCUGGAGGUCAGCCAGGAGCUCCUGCAGUCCGGGGUCGUCGUCCUCCCAGGGACCCGGGAUCACCAAGGGAGAGCAGUGGUACAGGUCUGCACAACGAGCCCGCUCUGGUCCAGCAGACACAGCUCCAGCGCCGAGCUGACCCGCCUGUUGCGGUACCUCCACGGCAUCCCCAGGAAGGAGGUGCGGGAGCUGGGGCUGGUCAUUCUGGUGGACGCUCGCAAGGGUCCGGCCACGCCUGCUCUCUCCCGGGCCCUGGCAGGACUUCAGAACACAGCUCCUCCCAUAAUUCAUAGUAUUGUGUUCUUGAUGAAUAAAGAAUCAGCAUUUAGGCCUGACAAGGAUGGAAUAAUUCAGUGUGAGGUGGUGGGCUCCCUGAAGGCCUUGCACAAACUUGUUGACAGCUCCCAGCUGACCGCAGACCUCGAUGGCUCUUUCCCCUACAGCCACAGUGACUGGAUCUGCUUCCGUAGGAAGCUGGAGCCCUUUACCACAAACUGUGAGGAUGCCAUUGUUUUCCUGCAAAAUUCAGUCCGAUCCCUAAACACCCACAGGACUCUAAGCACAGCACAGGAGGUCACGGACCUAAUCCGCCAGCACAAGGAGACAAUGAAAUGUGUGCUGGAAGACGCACUGCUGGUCGCCCUCCGCUUGGAGGGUGGCACUGUGCUGGCGCGGCUGAGGAGGGAGCAGCACGGUGCCGGCCAAGACUGCCGGGAUGCCAUCGAGGUUGCCUCCAGGCUGUACGAUCAAGUAGACGAAGAGGUCCACAAGGUGGUCCUUGCCUCCAACAGGUGUCUGCAGGAGCUGGAGAGGCUACGGGAAGCGAGGGUGCUGCAGGAGGGACAAGGGCAGGUGGAUGGGUGGAUGCUGCAGUGUCUGGAACACCUGGGUCCCGAGCCGGUCACUGAGUAUCCGAAGAGCUGUCACCAGGAGGCCACAGAGCUGACUGCGUGGAGUUUCCCCGGGGCGAGCACGGUGGAGGCAGGCCUGGGCAGCUGGCGGGCACUGCCGCAGUGGCACAGCUUGUGGCUGCAGAGCCAGCAGACUCGACUCUGCUUCCAAGGGGCCCUUUCUGGGGCUCCCCCCGACCCUGGGGCCCCACCUCUGAGCCCGAGCCCCCUGCAGUACGAGCUUCCCCGGGGGGCUGAGAGGAGGCACUGUGAGCCUUCUUGGAUCCCCCACACUGAUCCGGAGGGCCACACUGGGGAGCGUGCCCAGCUGCUGCCCGGCCUCCCUGAACAAGCCGCUCUCUGCAGGCAGGAGGGUGAGCACCCGGCCCCAGACAACGGCUCUGCCUGCUCCUCCGAGCCCAUCCAGACACCCACAACCCACCCCAAGAAAUAUCCCCUGAAGAAAAUUAUGAGGAAAACACAAAGCUUUGAGAUUCCACAGCUUGACGGUGGCCCCCGGGACUCCCCCUGGCCAGGCCACACUGGGGUUUUCAUCAGGGGCCUGGAGGUGACCAGCACUGUGGCCUCAGAGAAGCAGCCCCCACCGAGGCCACAUGCCGAGAGCCCCCUGGGUACUCGGACCCGGAGUCUGUCCUCUCCCUCCAGGAUCCACCCAUCCGAGGAGGACAGGAGGAGGCAAGCAGGAAGCAGCCGACUGCAGCACAUAAUGGCCGAGAUGGUUUCCACAGAGAGGGAGUAUGUCAGGUCCUUAGGAUAUGUCAUCGACAACUAUUUUCCAGAAAUGGAAAGGACAGACCUGCCUCAGGACCUUCGAGGGAAGCGCAGCAUGAUCUUUGGGAACCUGGAGAAGCUCUAUGACUUCCACCGCCAGCAUUUCCUCGCAGAGCUGGAGCGCUGCCAGCCCUGCCCCUUGGCAGCGGGCCGCGGGUUCCUGAGACACGAGGAACAGUUUGGCAUGUACGCGCUUUACAGCAAGAACAAGCCCCGGUCAGAUGCUCUGCUCUGCAGCCACGGCAACGCCUUCUUCAAGGACAAGCAGCGGGAGCUGGGAGACAAGAUGAACUUGGCCUCCUACCUGCUGAAGCCCGUGCAGCGUAUGGGCAAGUACGCACUGCUUCUCCAGGACCUGGCCAGGGAGGCCAGCUGCUGCCCUGCCUGGGAGCAGGAGCUGGGCGAGCUCCGGGCUGCCGAGGGUGUGGUCCGCUUCCAGCUGCGCCAUGGCAACGACCUGUUGGCGAUGGAUGCGGUCCGAGGCUGUGAUGUAAAUCUGAAGGAGCAGGGGCAGCUGAGAUGCCAGGACGAGUUUAUCGUCUGCUGUGGAAGGAAAAAGUAUCUGAGGCACGUCUUCCUCUUUGAAGACCUCAUCCUGUUUAGCAAGACCAAAAAGGUGGACGGAGGCUACGACACCUACAUGUACAAACAGUCCUUCAAGACAGCCGAGAUUGGGAUGACGGAGAACGUCGGAGACAGUGGCUUGAGGUUUGAGAUCUGGUUCCGCAGACGGCGGAAAUCCCAGGACACCUACAUUCUCCAGGCCAGCUCUGCAGAGGUCAAGACAGCCUGGACCCACAUGAUAGGGCAGAUCCUGUGGCGGCAGGCUCUGCGGAACAGAGAGCUCAGAAUGCAGGAAAUGGUGUCAAUGGGGAUGAGCACCAAACCGUUCGUGGACAUCCAGCCCAGCGAUGCAGCCAUAAGUGAUCGGGCCGUCAAGAAGGGGGCAGAGUCAUGGACGCGAGCACCCAUGGCCGUGCCCCCCUGUGACCACGCCACCUCCUUUAAGAGGCCACACUCUACCAUCUCAGACAGCAGCACCUCCUCCUCUGGCAGCCAGUCCUCCUCUGCCCUGGGGCCACCGGGCCUGCAUGCCACUGCCAGCCCAGCCCUGCGGAGCUCCGCCUCCUGCCCCUGGCCGUACGACAUGCGCACCUGCUUCGAGGAGGAGGAUGAGCUGGAGCAGGAGACCGGGAGCCAGCCUUCCACGAUGACUGAGUGCACGUCGUUGGGGGCCGGUGGCCUCAGGCUCCCGGGGCUGUUCUCUGAGGAGGGCCCCCAGAGCGCCUGCCCUGCUGUCCCCAGGAGGGGCUCGCAGCAGCAGCUCCACAGCCAGUUCACCACAACCCUGUGAGGUAUUUGGAUGAGACUCAGCCCAGGGAGAAUCCCCGUCAGAGGGAGCAGAGGACCCUCGGCCCAGACCUGUGCCUGAGGUCUGGGAAUGAGGUGCUCAUGCUGGGAGCUCCUGAUACACCCCUACCGCAGCUGCUGGCCACCCCCACCCUCAGCACGCCAUGGGCCCUGCCUGCCUGGCCAUCACCUGGCCUCCCUCCACUCCUUCUGGGGCUCCUCAACCCCAGUCCACAGGCUCAGAGGGCUAGCCGGCCCAGAUCUCCACCCCCGCACUGCUCUGAACUCCCCCGUGCUCCGAGGGCUGUGCCAAGGUUGGGGUGGAAACACACGGACCCCUGGUUCCGUUGGGGAGGUCCAAGCAGGCUUGGGGUGUCUCAGAGCAAGGUGGGCCCUCUGCAACCCUGUUUCCUGCAGUUCCAGGCCACACAGGCCCAUGGGCGACAGUCCCCUGGAGUAGCCCUCAGUGAAAUGUGUCCCAGACACAGAGGGUGCCUCUGAGUAUAAUUGGAAUAUUGGUUCUCUUUCCUUUUUAACAAGGCAUGUGUAGACAGUGGGGCUGCCGGUCACCACCUGUGGGCCUGGGUCCCAGGUUGGGGUGAGGGCACAGCAGCUAGGCCUGAGGUCUGGGGUGUAGAGAGCGCCCCAAGAGGACCACCUCUCUCCAAAUGGAGCAGAAUAAUAAUAAGCAGGGAAAGCCUAGGUAGACAGAAGACUUCAGUGAGUUUCCUGCUGCAGGUGUCUUCCCCACGAGACCCCCAUUCUCCAGGCGGCAGCACCACCAGACCAGCCACCUGGAACAGGGGCGGGUGGACAGGCAGGGUCCACACCAGAGGGACUUUGCGACUGUGCGUUUCCCAGCUGCUCUGAGCUGUUUCCAUUGUUACUUUGUUUCAGUGCUGACUUGUUCCGAACUCCAGGAACAUAAAUAAAUGGGACCUGUUUUUCUAA